UUUCAUUAUGUACUAGUGGGCCUUCCUUCUUUCUAUCUUUCUUUCGUUUCCUACAUGUCCUAUUCAUCUAACACGGUGUAUUAUGCAAUGAUGGUAGCUAUUGCUACUAUCGUGUUAUGUACCAUCGCUGCUUUUCAAUGGGAGUUUGGCGAAUCAGCGUACGUCUACAAACACACUCAAGCGAAAAAGAUCGACCUUCAAGGCGAAAAGUUCAUUGCCUAUUUACCACAUUCUGGUCUAUCAAACCAACGCAACGAACUUGAAAACGCAUUGCUGUUAGCAGGCUAUCUCAACCGCACCCUAAUAUUACCUCCGGCUUUUCUUGGACACAUAGGUGGCUGGCAAUCCAACGACCACCUGUUCGAGUACAUGGAUACUAUGACCAAACCUCAACCUUGGUGGAAUCGAUGCAAAGAUAAACUUGGUCUGGCCGACGGGCCUUGUCAUGCCAAGAGCGGGUACGCUUCAGUACCUUGGGAAUACCUUCAUUCUUCCAUUUUUGAGCUGGACAUACCCAUGCGAAGUAUCCGGCAUAUCUCACUUGACAAAAUCAAGGCCAUGUUGACACUAAGUGACGACGAAGUUCACAUUCAACACGACACGAGCUUGUAUACUUGGUUUCUAUGCGAUAUACCCAACGAGCAAUGUCCAACGCUAGAUCCUACGAUAUUCGAAACAGGCGGUCGACGUAGUUAUGAUGAGCAAUGGAAUAUCGAAGAUCUCAGAAGAAUUGAAAAGCCGCUGAUCCAGUUGCAAGGAAUAUUUGGUACAGACCGAGUCGGUGUUAGUCAAAAACAGCAUUUAGAACUACGCAACAAGAUUCGCGAGGCGUUGGUGUAUCGCAAUCCCACGUUGGAAAAAGUGACAGACACGAUUACUGAGCGCUUAGGCGGCAAGCAGCAGUUUCUAUCUAUUCAUGUUCGCAUGGGAAAUCGACAAUUCUUGGGACCUUUGCACAAGCAUAUUGAAGAGCAAAUAGCAUUUUUAGAAACGGCCCAGCAGCGGGGUCCCGGGAAUUCCACUUUCUGCGAGCCUGAUGACUUUCAAAUUUAUGUGGCAACCGACGCCAAAGACCCACGCAAAAGUCCUGAGCUCGUUCCUGUUUUUGAGCGCUUUCCAUGUGCAAAAGUGCUAGGCGACUACAAAGACUUACUGCCAUCCUUGGAAAGCGACGACGCUGGAGUCACACUGUUCCAACCACCUCAGCAAUCGAUUGUUAAUUUCCUUAUACCCGUCAUUGAUGCCAUGGUGGCCGGACACGCUAAAGAUUUUAUGGGAAAUCCUAGUUCAACCUAUUCGACUUACAUUGAGCAACUUCAGUUAGCAUAUAGCCAAACUAAUUCAAUAGCAUAGACGUGAGGAUGGAAUGUUAUUAGCGUAUUCUAUCCUCACCCAUUAACCUCAUUUGUAUAAACCACCCAAUCCCCCUUGUCCAACCUAAUUAAAAAGAGCUUUAGUUCCAUGUUGCAAUAUGACAGAAAUGAUGGUUGUUUUUUUGGCCUCGUCUCUAUCAUAACUUCCAUGCUUUCUAUUUGUCAGUCGGUUAUUGGAAGAAAUUUUUUUUGCGAAGUUCGUACCUGAAUUUAAUGGUUUGAAACGCCGUCCAACGCCCGAGUCGAAUGUGGUUGGAGGGUUUUUUUUGG